AAAAUGAAUUAACUUUACAAAUGGCAUUUGGAAUCACACAUACGAAUCAACUUACCCAGAUCUAAUUAACUUUCUUGACGUAUGCCACCAUAUAUGGAAAUUCCACAGAUUGUCGCCGGUAAAACCCCAGGCAUGCGCUUAGCUAAUGGGUUAUUGUUUGUUGUGGUUUGAAAUGAAGACGCCGGAAGUAUUACUGAUAACAUUAGCUGAUCUACUCACUGUCUUUUUCAAUACGGUACGCAACUACAGAUAGCAGGGAAUUGACCAGACGGCUUAUCACCACCAAAACAAUGUUGACGGUAAAUGAAGUUUGCUGGCGGUAAUUCCAGCUUGAAGGCUUUAAAAUCAUUUAAUGAUAAUUGCUAACAAUCAGUUUUGAUAACCUUCUAUAAUAUAUCUUCUUCAUUUGCAACAGAUAUAUGGAGACAACGUAGAGCCCAUAAGUAUUUGUAUUCUUCAUUUUUAUGAAAGUGUGAAAUAUGUCUAAAACUAAUUUUAGCAAAGAUUUUCAAAAUUGAGUUUGAAGCAUCGGCUCGUAGACAAAAAAUAUGAAUUAAGCCCAAGUCCGGCAAUUUUUCAGAGUUGAGGGAUGAUAUUUAAAAAUUUUACCUUUGAAUCCCCCUCACCUUAAUUUUCACUUUGGAGGGGUCGAUUUGUGAAGCAUGUGAAACACGUCACACAGGAUUUGCACCCAUAUCUUCGAUAAUGAGUUUUAAGCAUUAAGCAUAAAGAUCUUUGGAAAUUAGUUGAAGCGUGAACAUUCACUUACCAACAAAUGCACUUUAUUAAAUUUGCGAAACACUUCACAAAUUAAUUUUCACAAAGAUCUUUGAAAAUAAGUUUGAGGCCGAUCGGAGGAUAAGCAAAUAAAAUUAAUUUUUUCGAAUUUUGCCAAUUCAGCCCAUGUAGGUAGAGCAUUAUUGUGAAAGUUCAGGUUAAGGUGAUCACAAGCCAGUCACUCAGUCAGAGCAAAGAGAUUAAAAUGUAUAUAUGGCCUGGAGAUGCCUUCCUCUAAGCCUGUCUAUCGAAACAAUAAACUAAUCGUAAUUAUAUCAUAUGUCUAUCAACGCCUUUUAUCUUUAAAACCUUUAAAAUGUCUUCUGUUUCUUUUUAUUGCUGAUGCUCUAAAGUGAAAAACUACCGUCUUAUCCUCACAUACUUGCAUGAUAAAUGUGUCAAAUAAAAAUAUUGAGCCGGAAUGUAUUUACUUCCCUGAGGCUUACCUUGCGUAUUGCUUACUUUGAAAAGUUAUUUUAAUUCACGUUUGCACAACAAAUUUUCAAUAUUGCUUACACGACGUGAUACAAAAAUUUGUCUUUUGUAGUUUGCGUCGAUUCUCUAACGUUAUUUCUCGAACAAUGCGCUCGGUAUACUAAGCCAAAGCCAGUCAGCCGACCUCGAUAAGCUGGUGAGGAUUAUCAGAGCAAACCGCCUGCCGUCACGCGCAAUUGCUGCGUUAUCAGCACAAGCUGCAAUUAAAACUUAAAAGAAGAUGAUUAAAAAAACAGUCAAUGAGUGCGGUUGACUGAAUUUUAAAUAAUAUUGAAUAAAGAAUUUUCCUUUUGAAGUGAGUAAAUAAAAAAAGAGGAAAGCCAAAUGCGAACGUUACAGAAUUUGAAGUGAGCACAUUUGGCAGCAUAAAUCAAAGAAAAGCUGGUCCUAAAAAUAAUAACGAACCCAAACCAAAUCCAUAUCCAUAUCCACAUCCUCGUCCAUAUCCAUAUGCCAUGUCAGGCUGACAAAACUAAACUAAAACACAAAUACAUAUGCAUAACAUGAGCGGAGCUAAAACAAAUCCUCAACACAAAUAACUGCCAACACAUUUGCAUAUAUCUCACAAAUAACCGAAAGCAAAGCAAAAUAGAAACCAAAAGCCCAAACACCAGAAACAACAACAACACACACACACACACAGGAAAAAAGAAAAACGCGUUUACAAUUGUUGAAAACAGAAAAAACCGAGAAACAAAAAAAAAAAGAGUCAGGCGGCAACAAAAUGCAAAACACUUCUAAAAAUGAGGCAUUUCCGGUCGACACACGCAACGUCACAUAAAACAAGGGGUUAAAAAGAGGCGCGAAAAAGUAAAGCAUAAUAAACGCCGAACAUAAAAAUCGGCGCUGAAAUCUGCUGGAAACAAGAAGCAGAACAACAAAGCUCCGAACAAAAGCCAUCGCUUCAGGAUGGCGAAGGGACAGGCAAAAUAUUUAAAGCAUAUGCCACACGGCUAAUACAAUAAUAUAAAAGGCAAUAAAACUCGUGGCCGGAUUCGUGGGACGCGGUAGGGAAGGUGCAGUGGCGGAGGCGGAGGCAGAGGCGGAGGCAGAGGCAGCAGCUGCUCCUAUCAGUGUGAAGCCAUCAAAUUCGAUUAGAUGCCCGGCCUUUGGGGGGUUGGCAAUAACGGAAAAAGAAACACUUGACUGUUUUGGCAGCUGCAAGAGAUGAGGAUGAAGCUCCCGGUCGAGCGUGAAGUUGUUGGGGGAAGGUACGAAAAGCUGUUGUCCUGCUGCCCGGAUGGUAAUUGUUUGUUUUGUGUUCAUAUUUUUUGCACAUUUAUCGUUUUUAUAGUACCCGAAAUCCUCAAAAAAUGUGAGGACUGUAAAAUAAGCCGACGGAACUACAGAAAAUCAAAUUUUUUGUAUCCCUAUCAGCAUUCAAUUUGCAUAUGUUUGUUAAUUACAACUAAUUAGAGCAGCUAAACGUCUUUAAAUAAACAUACAAAUAAUAAAAGAUAUUUAAAACUUUAUCUAAAGAGAAUAUGGAAUAAUACCCAAUGACGAUGGCGACAAACAUCAGAAGAGGCGAAUGCGCUUUUAAGGAAAUUAAAAGAGAAAUUAAAGAUAAGCCAUUUUUUAUUGAAGAAGUGCGGCCAAACAUUCGCGCCCCAAUCUCUCUAUGAGCUUUAGCGUAAAUACCAAAUGAAACUUUGCACCAAUAAGUUAUGCCUAUCAAAUGGCAAACGAUAAACAAUCAUAAGAUAAAUAUUUAAAUAGAGCUGCUCGAUAUGCUAUAUAAGCCGAAACAUUCCACUAGGAGAACAGACAGUUAUUCAUUAACUCUUGGGCAGACAAUAUGACAGCCAAGGCACUAUUCCCAACUUUCUUUAAUGAGGAGACAAAAGUGUGGAGUGGAGUACCCAGGCGGCGACAAUUCCACUACGAUUGCUCCGUGGGUGAAAGAAUAUACACUUCAUUGAAGAAUUGGCCACAAAAUGUCGCCCAGAUCAGCGACAUAGACGGACGCGUGGUGACCUUUGAAGAAGUGCAAGCCUGGGCCACGCGCCUGGCACUGUACUUCAAGAGUGAGAAACUAACCCAUGAGGAUGUCGUAGGCAUUAUUGGAAAUGCCAGCGACUAUGUUAGUUCCCUAACUGUGGCCUGCUUCUUCAACACGACGCCUUUCCAUGCUGUGGCCUACACAUAUAUGAAGGAACCAGAAGUUAUAAGAGCAUUAUAUGAUAUUACAAAGCCAAAGAUUAUGUUCUGCGAAAGUGUGCACUAUGAGAUCAUGAAGGAAGUAACCAAGGAAUGGAAUCCCAAGUAUGUAACUAUGACAGGUCGUGUUGAGGGUGUGCCCAGCAUUGAGGAUCUGCUGAAACCACAUCCCAUGGAACGUUUCUACCAACCCGAGGUCUUGGCCGUUGGCGGCGAUCAGACAGCAGCCAUCCUAUGCUCAUCGGGCACAUCUGGAAAUCCAAAAUCUGUGGCCUUAUCUCAUAGACACAUUAACAAGACAGAAGCAAUUACCAACAGCACUGAUGUGUUCUUGACAAGUGCCACAUUAGAUUGGAUGACAGGCUUUUCGUUAAUGAUGUUAACCUUCUUCUAUGGCACCACUCAAGUCAUAUUUAACGAGACCUUCAAUGCUGAUAGCUUCAUUCGGAUGAUCGAAAAGCACAAAGUUACCUUGAUUGUGAUGCCGCCAUGGCAGGCCUUUGACGUGUUCACAAGUCCGUUGGCCACAAAGCAGAGUUUGUCCAGCGUGCGCAUGUGUAUUAUUGUCGGUGGCUGGCUUUCAUCGAAGAUCAUGCAGAAGGGCCAAGAAAUUAUGGAGCAUUGCCAUAUUGUAUUCUCAUAUGGCUCCACUGAGACGGGUUCAAUCGCCUUCAACAUCGAUCACAGUCUUGAGAAUUCUGUAGGCAGACUGCCACCAGGUGUCAACGUUAAGAUCGUAGACGGGGAAGGCAACGCACUGGGACACAACCAGGUUGGCGAAAUACUUAUUGACGUUGGCGUCAAAUGGGAGGGCUAUGUGGGUAAUCCUGAGGACACUGCCUCCACCCUCAAGGAUGGAUGGAUCAAUCUUGGCGAUAUUGGCUACUUUAAUAAUGAUAACAAUCUGUUUUUGAUCGAUCGUAAGAAGGAUGUGCUCAAGUACAAAUCAAAGGAUUAUUGGCCCAACGAAAUAGAGCAAAUUAUUGCCGAACUGCCGGAGGUUCAAAGUGUUUGCGUUGUCGGUGUCAGGAACAGGGGCUACACCGAUGCCGCCGGCGCCUUGGUCAUCAAGAAGUCUGGCACUGACAUCACCAAAGAGAAGAUCAUCGAGCACGUGGCCAACCGUGUUGUUGUCGAAUACAAGCAACUGAACGCUGGAGUCCAGUUUGUCAAUGAGUUGCCACAGAACAACAAUGGAAAGGUGUUAAGAAACGUCGCAAGGAAAGUGUUUGAGUCACUUAUGGAGAACCCAGAGUUUUAGAUUUAUUUAGCUAGUAUUGUUUUCUUUUCUGUAAUUUAAAAUUAAAAACUUGUAUGUAUUCGAUUUAUGAUUAAAAGAAAUAAUUCCACUUAAUAA